AUGGAGAGGUUCAACUUGAUUGAAGGGUACCUCGAAGAUAAUGGGCGCAAGUGCGACAUCUGCGGCGACCGUUAUAUAGGCAGUGAAGCCUUCCUCAAGGCGCACAAAAGAACCCAUACCGGUCUCGCAGCCCCUGAAGCCAUCAACGGAGAGACUACCUGGAAUGCAAAUCAUGCUGCCAAUUUACGAAACAAGAUACGCCCGGACGACGACAAAACACCUCCCGUCAUCAUCAAGCACGUGCAGGAAUUUCUACUUUCGAAACCCGCAAAGGUCCGCCGCUUUGGCGGUCAGUUUGACGCAGGAGUUCUUGCCGGUGAAAAAGUGACAGGCAUGGCGGCGUACUUCGAUAAGGAGGGAACGCUCAAGAAAAGGUUCAACUGGAUGAAGCCCCUGGGGAUCGUGAAUCCCUUCAACAAACAUGUUCAGACUGCGCCCACCCGAUCCCGACGACCUUGUACUGUCCGCUUGGGCCCAGCCCAUAAGAAUACCAGGUGGAUGGUUCCCACGGAAGGCGCCUUUGCCGCCAUCGAUACGAAUCUGUACACGCCGAAUAAGUUCCCCGGAUGGAAGAAACCACGAGGCUGGAAUCUCGGCUGGCCCAUGGAUCCCACAUCCAUUCCACGGAACUUGCCUCAGUGCAGUCUUUGCAACACUCUGGCCUGCCGAUGCAUCCUCGAAAAGGUCUCUCAGAGUAUUCCCUCGGUCGUCAACGUCGAAUUCAUGGGCCGUGGCAUCGUCGCAACAGUGUCAUAUGCAGUUGGUGACUUGAUCGGCGAACUUAUCGGCGAAAUCACCCCCCUCCCUGACAAAUCAGACAAAGGAAACGGAUGGGGAAUCACCCUCGGUCGGGGCGAUUUAGGCCACGACGAGAUGCGCGACGUCUGCGAGAUCCAGUGCAUCAACUUUGGGAACUGGGUGCGGCUAGUCAACCACUCGUGUGAGCCAAACGUGCAAUUUGUCGAGAUGCCCAUCUCUGGGCGGUGGAGGAUCAUACUCGAGGUCCUCAAGCCGAUUGUGGUUGGGCAGGACGUGGUCACGUCGUAUGGGGAGGAUUAUUUCAUGAGAGGGGAUAUGCGGUGUCUUUGUGGUACGGAGAGUUGCCUUGAGAAGCGGAGGAAAUGA